AUGACGCAGGACUCUGUCCGGUACUGUGUGGGGCGGAUGGAGCUGGAUGUCAGCGGAUGUUUGCUGGUUCCUGCCCGAGGAUCUGAAUCAUUUUUCUCCACCUUCCAGAUCGCCUACUCAAAGAUCGAGGGAGACCACAUCGUGAGCGCCGCUUACUCCCAUGAGCUGCCCAAAUACGGGAUCAACGUGGGCCUCACUAACUACGCCGCCGCCUACUGCACCGGCCUGCUGCUGGCCCGCAGGCUGCUGCACAAGUUCGGCAUGGAUCAGAUCUACGAAGGUCAGGUGGAGGUGACGGGAGACGAGUUUAACGUGGAGAGCGUGGACGGGCAGCCCGGCGCCUUCACCUGCUACCUGGACGCAGGGCUGGCCAGGACCUCCACAGGAAACAAGGUGUUUGGAGCCCUGAAGGGGGCCGUGGACGGAGGGCUGGCCAUUCCUCACAGCUUGAAGCGUUUCCCUGGUUACGACUUGGAGAGCAAGGAGUUCAACGCCGAGGUGCACCGAAGGCACAUCAUGGGCAUGAACGUGGCCGACUACAUGUCCUACCUGAUGGAGGAGGACGAGGAGGCCUACAAGAAGCAGUUCUCUCGCUUCAUCAAGAACGGAGUGGCACCAGACACGGUAGAAGAAAUGUAUAAGAAAGCACACGCCGCCAUCAGAGCGAAUCCCGUACUUGAAAAGAAACCCAAAAGAGACGUCACAAAGAAGAGGUGGAACCGCGCCAAGUUGUCGCUGGCACAGAGGAAGAACCGCGUCGCCCAGAAAAAAGCCAGCUUCUUACGAGCACAAGAACAAGAAGCAGGGGACGGUUAGGGGACGG